AUGAGCAGCGAUAGUAAAUCUUUGUCUUUAGACAAACUUGAACUUUCUCAAUUGGAAUCCUUAAAUAAGGAGAAGGAGAAAGAAUUAAAUCAUGAAAUUAAUAAACUAAUGAAAUUUACAAAAUCACAAAUAAAUUUGAAUGCGCUAUGUAGCCGCCAAAUUCAGUUUAGUAUAGAGCGAAACCUUCAAGUAAAUCCAAGUCAGCAUUUAUUUAAUUACAAACAAAUUUCAAAUCAAUCAAAUGCUCAUAAGUUUGCAAAGAAACAAAUAUCAUCUUCACAAAUUAAAAACGAAAUUAACGAUCUUAGAAUUGAGGUUUCAAAAGCUGAAAAGGAUUUGAAAGAAUUAAACGAUUACUCACUUUCUAAAUAA